CCCCCUUCCAUCCCUCCCUCCUCCCCUAACUCCCUCCCUCCCCUGCCCCUCCGCGAUGAGAGAAGGGCCAAGUCGGUGCGCGCCAGCCAGCAGCGCUCUCUGCCAGGGGCAGGCGGAUCGCUUUCAUGUCGCAGGGUGACUGCUAGCCCUGCGGAGGCUCCCCCGGCCGGGGCUGGGGCCGGGCCGGGCCGGCGGCGGGCGGGCAGCUGCCCCGUUUGCGGGGUGCCGCCGGCGCGCCCCGCGGGAUGCUGGCGGCGGGGGAUGCGGAGCCGGCCGCGGACUAACAUGGGGGGCGGCCACUCCCACAGGGCGCCCGUCUUCGACGAGAACGAGGACGUUAACUUUGACCACUUUCAAAUAUUGCGGGCUAUUGGGAAAGGGAGUUUUGGAAAGGUGUGCAUUGURCAGAAGAGAGACACCAAGAAAAUGUAUGCCAUGAAGUAUAUGAAUAAACAGAAGUGCAUUGAGAGAGAUGAAGUUCGCAAUGUUUUCCGGGAGCUACAGAUAAUGCAAGGCCUGGAACACCCCUUCCUAGUCAAUUUGUGGUAUUCCUUCCAAGAUGAAGAAGACAUGUUCAUGGUGGUUGAUCUCUUGCUGGGAGGUGACCUGCGUUACCAUUUGCAGCAGAAUGUCCACUUUAACGAAGGAACUGUUAAAYUGUACAUCUGUGAGCUGGCACUUUCCUUGGAUUAUUUGCAGAGAUACCACAUCAUCCACAGGGACAUCAAACCUGACAACAUACUAUUGGAUGAACAUGGACAUGUUCACAUCACUGACUUUAACAUAGCMACCAUAGUGAAAGGCUCAGAAAAAGCUUCUUCCAUGGCUGGCACAAAACCCUAUAUGGCUCCMGAAGUGUUCCAGGCUUUUAUGGAUGGAGGUCCAGGAUACUCRUACCCAGUGGACUGGUGGUCUCUAGGAAUCACAGCAUAUGAGYUACUGAGGGGUUGGAGGCCCUAUGAAAUUCAUUCAGCCACCCCCAUUGAUGAGAUUCUCAACAUGUUCAAGAUAGAAAGAGUUCACUACUCAUCUGCGUGGUGCAAGGGCAUGAUAGCACUACUGAAAAAGCUCCUCACUAAGGACCCAGAGUGCCGUCUCUCAAGCCUUGCAGACAUCCAAAACUCUCCAUACCUAGCUGAUGUCAACUGGGAUGCUGUUCUAGAGAAAGCUGUGACCCCAGGCUUUGUUCCUAACAAAGGAAGACUGAACUGUGAUCCCACAUUUGAACUUGAAGAAAUGAUUUUAGAGUCCAAACCUCUCCAUAAAAAGAAAAAGCGACUUGCCAAAAACAAAUCCAAAGAUGGAGCUAAGGAAACCUGCCCACUGAAUGUACACCUGCAGCAGUGCUUGGAAACCAUUAGGAAAGAAUUCAUCAUAUUCAACAGAGAGAARUUAAGAAGACAGCAGGACCCAAGUGGACAGACUGCCAGCAUUGACAGCAGAGCGUCCCUUCAGAGCCAYGAGAAGCUCCAGGAUGGGAGGAACAACAAUUUGCUGGGACACGGCUGCACCAGAGGCUGCAGCAGUUAAUGAGUGCCUCCCAUGCUCCCACAGCGMCAGGGGGAGGAAAGGUCCCCUCUGUGCACCCCUUCUUCUGCACCCCUUGGAUCCUGGGGCACCUGACCCAAAAACAGGAUCCCCAGCCAAGGACAAACCCACACGGCACACCGGCUGAGAUUUUCCACACACAGCUCUGCUCUGCUCUUGGCUCUGCCACUGGGAAAGUGACCAUCAGCAACAAAAUACAGUUUUUUUUAAGUAAGUGUGACUUCUGUUUUCAAAAUCCUGGAAGAAAACUUGAAACAAUUCAUUAGGCAGCCUCUCAAAGAUUGCCACGUUCCUGGAUAUUUGCAAGAGWCAAGGUUACACUGGGGCCAGCUUUAUCUUGAAGGCUUUACAUUAYCCUCACUGUCUCCAUUAAUUAAAACAGUCCAGUUUGGAAUUUUGUGAAACUGCUGGACACAGCUGUUUCUAAGCACCUGCUGUUGAGUUUAUAACAGAUGUACAUGAUGUAAAUACAUGAGUGUCAAAURGGCCAAACAYUGAAURAUUUCAUUUAAAUACCUGAAACUCWUUGAAAAAGUUGCAGUGUAUUCACAUUGUUCUUUAACAUCAUGUGUUCUGCUUUGUAGUAAAAGGUGUGACCUUGGCCAAGUCAAAGUUUUGCUUGUGACUUUAGUGGAUGCAGGAUCAGACACAUUUGUUAUGUAUGAUAACCAUGGCAAAGAAAGACCUUUUUAUUUUAACAAUAGACUGAGCCAGAGUUGAAAAGCAGCUCAGUAAGGACAGCUGAAAAAWUAAGAAUUUGCUCAGAUCCAUAGUUUCGUGUUAUAAACUGUGAAGAAGUUACAUGUGUCUCUGUUUUCAUGGAUCUAUUCUGGAUGGAACUACCUUGAAUAGAAAGAAACAUACUUCAGUCAAAAUAUUGCUGACAUGAAAUCCUUUUAUUUUAAACAGCACCCAAAAUUCCAGACAUUUAUGGUAUUUUACAGCUUGUGCAUCCACAUUUUGAUAAUAAAUGCAUGUUUGUUCUGUCUAUUAUUGUGCUUUUAUUUUKAAGGGAUACCACCUGUAAGCAAAUUUCAUUUCAACCUUUUAAAGCAAGUAAGUUAGAUUUUUGAAAGUGAAAAACAUUUUAUUUGAAAUAAUCUAUUUUUACUGCAUUGUUUCCAUUCUAUCUUUUACAAAAAGUUYUCUGUAAUUGAAUUUUUAAAUUUUGUUUCAUGUUGUAUGUAAUUUUGGUCACAWUUUUUUCACAAAUACAGAUUUUUAUCACUCCAUGAAAUGAUAUGGUGUUCCUAUUGAUGACAUCAGUUAAAAAAUGUAUAAAGGUAAAGAUUUUACAUCUGUCAURGGCAUGGUGUUGGUCUACUUGUUUAAUUUGGUCAUAGACUGAAAUAAUCACAGAAUCAAGCAAAAGAGCAGAAUUUUCUGGUCAUAAGAGGGCAGAUUUCAUUGCCCAGAAUAAACAAUUUCAUAUCCAUCCUUUCUUAUAAUUAUUUUUUAAAAAAAMUAUUUAUUUCCCUUGGGAAGGACCAAAGUGAAUAAUAUUUCAGACAGUUUCUGCAAACAUCAAUUGUUCUGUUCCAAUCAAAAUGCAUUGUGAUCUUGGACCUUGAUCUGRAACUGAAAGAAUAUAUUUUAUUUAUUUAUGUAAUCUUACAGAAAUUAAUGUUAUUAGGUAAAUAUAACAAGUGAAUAUUUGCAAGAUUGAUGAUGUAUCAGAUGAUAUAGACUAGAGACAAGGAGAACAAGUAAUUUACUAAGAUUUUCCAUCUAAAAUCUUCCARCUGGAAAAACAAGAAAAAAAGCAAUUGUAGAUUUGAUUUCUCUUCUGUGAUUACAGUUAUUUUGAGCAAGAGGAAUUACUCUGGUGAUUUUGUGCAUCAACCACAUGGGAUGCCAYUGUGCUAGCAUUUUAACUGAGGCUGGGAAGGCAUUUUUGAAGYUAAUGCCUCAACCUUCCAGCCCCGGUGCCCUUUGGUACAAACUGUAGCACCCAAAUCAGAUGCUUUUUGGGGGACACAAAAUCAGAUAUGUGUUCCAAGAGAGCACUUAAAGCCAUCUG